AUUCGUUUUGUGGCUCUUUUGUACAAUCGGUUCGUGUAGACUGAUUUACUUGUCUUAGAUUGUGAAAUCUCAAUCACUCAAUGCAGUUAAUGAAAACAUUAACACUUGGAUGAUGACUUAACACCUAAAGUCCUCUAUUUAUUAUAUGAGCUUGAAUUAUGUUAGAGGGCUUUGGUCCAGUUACUCCAUAAUUUGUUAGACUCCAAUGAGUUCCGCGUAGACAAGUGGGUUUUCGGUUCAUAAUCAGAAGACUAAAAGAUUCUUACCAGUUUUUGCGUAUGAUUUGUCUCUCGAAUAGAUCAACUAUGGUAAUAAUCCAUCCGAUAGUUGGCCAGCCAGUGAGAAAAUCUGUGUGCCAGAAGGGUCAGAGUUUGUGAUUCAGUACAUGGAUCCUUUUCAAAAGCGAGAUAAAAUUCCACGGACACCACCUGGUCAGUCUUUUGUGGACAGAUCUUACAUCUUUGAUGGUACAACAAAUGGUGACUGUUCUAUUUACGACGAGUCGGGUAAUCGGAGGACUUCUGUUUUUGAUACAGCUAGAAAAUACACUCUCACUUUUGAUAACUAUGGGAACACAAGCCUUCGAGCUUCAUGUGACAUAGUUUCACUCGAUAUUUCUUUGUCACUGAAACCAAAUAGAAUUUCUAGAAUCGGUGAUUUGCAGACAAGUUCACAUAUGGCAUCCUCUAGACAGUAUGGAUUGUUCACAUCAUCACCUGUUAAUGAGUCUACUCCCCGUCCAACUAAAUAUCCCCAGAAGGAAUGUAAUGAACAAACAGUUGCUAAUUACACAUCUCUAGAUAAGGAGAAUAUUUCACCAUCCAAAGAAGUAUGUCCAGAGAUUGCUACGGUUAAAAAGUGUCAUGCCAAGAGAAAACGUGAAAUUUCACCUGAUAGUUCAGUCGUUAAUUCAUCGGUUCAAUCAACUUUUGCCGUUCCUUCGACAGUUCGGCAGCUUCGACCCAGACGCAAGGCAACUCCUGUCGUCAGUGACCAGUCAUUGUCUCAUCAGUCUGAAUGUUUAGUGAUGACGAAAAGUGCCCAAAAGAAUCCAAAUAUGAGGUCAACAAAAAGCAAACGAACUAAUUCGUCUCAUCUGUCUGAAGUAAUGAAUUCCCCAGUAGUCAUUGCCGAUCCUGUAACCCCUCCAACACUUGUUCCUCGACACAGGCGAUUACAGCCAGCCAAUACUCAGAGAAAACGACGUGCGAAUGUUAGCUCUUCAUCUACUUUGGAUCACAGCAAAAUGUCAACCUCUAAUUCAACUGAAAAUGACUCAACUAUUCAUCAGCCAUCUACUGUUCGGAAAAAACCAAGGGUACAAGUCGCUUGUAAUAUUGAAGACGAGCCAAUAGCUGCACGUUUACGAGGUAAAACACGUGUCUCUUAUACGGGAACAAAAACUUCAAUGUAAAUAAUAGUAUAUAACUAUAUAUAUUCUGUACAAAGUAAAUUGAAAUCAUACAUUUAUCUCUAUUCAAUAGUUAUCUUGUCAUUCCAAAUUACAAUGUUUACAUUUUCCUUUCUCCAUGUAUCUAUUUACAUUUGUAGUUAUAACUAAUUAUCUUGAAUGAAUCAUACUACUUAUAGGUUAAUUUUGUUAUAUUCAUUCCAUUCCAUUCAUUUCUUCUCUUCAAUUAUUAUCUCUCUUUUCUUGAAUGUAUACUUUUGCAUAGAUUUGCUUUUGUACUUUCUUUUUCUUCUCAAUUUUACAAUAGGAUAAAAAUAUACUACUUUUUUUAACA